AUGGCAGCUCGUCGUGAAAAUUGCGUCCUAGUGCUUGAUGAUCAUGCCCUUGUAGGUAUCAUCACUGCUAAGGAUCUUGCUUUUCGGAUUGCUGGUGCUGGUAAAGUAGCGGGGAUGGUUUUAGUGGAAGAAAUCAUGACAUCGAAUCCCAUAUGUUCACACUCAGACGACCCCGCUGGCGAAGCGCUUAAUCUAAUGGUCGAGCGCGGCUUUCGUCAUUUGCCUGUUCUCGGAGAUGAUGGAACAGUUGUGGGUGUCUUGGAUAUAACUAAGUGUUAUGCUCAGCAAAUGGAGAAACUUGAGCGCAUGCAUGAGUCGUCUAAACAAUUGUAUGAAGCGUUGGAUACGGUCCAUCUGGAAAUGGGUGGGUCACAUCCGCUGCACGUUUUCCGUUAUUUUGAGGAACUACGAACCCGCUUGAAUGGCCCUACAUUGGACCUGGUUUUAAGCCAUGAAACUGAACCAAUCUACACCACUGUCAAACUGACAGUUUACGAUGCAACUGUGCUUAUGAAUGAAAAUCAUACCACUGCUGUUCUUGUAAAAGACUACCAAGGCUCAGUUGCGGGGAUUUUCACUUCUAAGGACGUUGUUCUUCGAGUUAUCGCUGCGGGGCUUGACCCAAAAACAUGCCUGAUUGUGAGGGUGAUGACACCUCAACCUGACGUUCUGAGGUCACUGACGCCAAUACAGCAAGCCUUAAGACAGAUGUUCGAAGGCCAUUAUCUCAAUUUACCCAUCGUUAGUGAUGAAGACGACGAAAUAGUCGGCAUUGUUGAUGUUCUCAAAUUAACCUACGCCACCCUCAAUCAGAUUAAACAAAUUGAACAGAAGGAAUCACCUACUGGUUUGCAAAUUACGCUGGAUACUAGCACCCCCACUCAAGAACCCGAAGGACCGACGUGGAACAAGUUUUGGACGCUGUACGAUCCAAACCUGAAUGAUGAUCUGGAUAGUGUUCAUUCAGAUUCAUUAGUUGCAACUCCUGAUGUGGCUUCACUGGAAUAUCAAAGGUAUAACUUUGAUAUCACACCCCAGGAUUCUGUGUCGCAAGUAGAUCCGCAUCAACCUGCCGUCUCUAAAAGUUAUGCACGUUCAGGAAGUCAUUCUGGAAUUAUAGCAGAGGAAGAUUAUGGAAAAUCCCAGAUAAUUUUCAAGUUGAGAGUUCCCGGGAUUCAAGAUCGUGUGUAUCGGAUACCCUUUACACCCGCAGAUGGUACGAACAAAUUGCGCCAGGCUAUAAGCGAGAGGCUUGAUGAAAUCGAGCUUGAAGCGAUAGGUGGAUCUUCCUAUGCCAUCAGUUAUGUUGAUGAUGAAAAUGAUACAGUAUCAAUAACUUCAGAUUGUGACAUACUCGAGUGUGCUCGAAUUAAUUUGUGGCUUGGAAAAGAUGUCGUUGACUUGUACUUACAUGACCCUUCUAAGCCUGCUCGUCCCUCGAAAGUGGAUGCAAUUGAAUCUAAACAGUGGAUCGAAGGUAUAUCCAACGAAGUGCUUGUACUGGCUAUUGGUGUACUUGCUGGCACCAUCCUUUUGGGGUAUGUAUUCUCGAAGAAUUAG